UCUGGACAAGAACACAUUUUCUUCCUCAAGAAUUUCUUUGACAGCAAGAACACUUCAAUGCACGAAUUAUCUAUUGCCGCAAUUGGUGAAAACCGCCAGAUUCGGGUCGUCUGCUUGGGUGCGGGCUACUCAGGCCUAAUGAUGGCUAUUGCGGUCCGCGAAAAAUUCCACACAGAAGACCUGGAGUUUCAGGUGUACGAGAAGAAUGCGGAUCUUGGUGGAACGUGGCUAGUCAACAGGUAUCCUGGUUGCCAAUGUGAUAUUCCUACCCAUAAUUAUCAGUUCAGCUUUGAACCGAAGCCUGACUGGCCCAAUUACUAUGCGACGUCCGAGCAGAUACAUCAAUACAUGACCCAGGUGGCAUGCAAAUACCGCUGUGAAGACUUUUUUAAGUACAGUCACGAGGUUGUAAAGGCGCGAUGGGAUGAUGAAGAGGCGAAAUGGCACAUCACUGUCAAAUCCGGUGACGCACAAUUUGUCGAUAUCUGUGAUGUCUUCAUCAAUGCAGGCGGUGUCCUAAACAACUGGAAUUGGCCUAGUAUUCCGGGGAUCAGUUCGUACCGAGGGAAGCUCCUGCACUCUGCUGACUGGGAUCUGAAUUUUGAGUUCCAAGACAAGACGGUAGCUGUGAUCGGCAUCGGAUCUUCAGGGGUCCAAAUCAUGCCUGAACUGGCGAAGGUGGCGAAAAGUGUCACAUUGUUUGCGCGAUCUCCGACAUGGAUCAGUCCUUCCGGGAUUGGUGAGCCAGGACCGGGAGAUCCUGAAAUCGACCGCGAGUACAAAUACACGGAAAGGGAACUGAUCAGAUUCCGAGAUGAUCCUCAAUAUCUCCUCCGUCAUCGGAAAGACCUUCAAAUCAACCGUAUUACCGGAUUCAGGCAGUUCAUCAUAGGAACGCCGUCCCAGCUGCAAGCUAUGGCUGCGUGCGAGACGGCAAUGCGUGAGAUCUUGGGAACAACCGACAAAGGACGGACAGUUUUGGAAAAGCUAUUGCCCGAUUUCCCCGUGGGCUGUCGUCGUCUCACCCCCGGCCUUGGUUUUCUAGAGGCCUUUACAAAGGAUAACACCCAUUUGGAGUGGAAGAACAUCCGGGAAAUAACAAAAAGAGGAAUUUUGACGAGUGACGGACGUCAUCUGGACUUCGAUGCUAUUUGCUGCGCAACCGGGUUUGAUAACUCUUUCCAACCUCAGUUCCCGGUCACCGGGCGGAAUGGAUUUGAUCUCGCGAAGAAAUGGAAAGAAGAGGGUCCGGAGGCAUAUUUUGGUGUCACUUUAGCGGGGAUGCCUAAUUACUUCAGUUUCGUGGGUCCCAAUUCUCCAGUAUCGAAUGGAUCCCUAGUGCAGGCAAUCCAGGGGACUGCGAUAUACAUUGCAAAAUGCCUAAAGAAGAUGCAAACUCAGUCGAUUCGUUCGAUGGAGAUAUCUUUAAAGGCCCAAAAUGACUUCAAUGAGCACUGCCAAGCUUACUUGAAAACAACAGUCUGGGCUGGACCCUGCAGCAGCUGGUACAAACAAGGAACUGCAGAUGGGAAAAUCGUCGCAAUAUACUGCGGUAGCACCUAUCAUUUUUUGGAGGCAUUAAAAGAGCCUCGCUGGGAAGACUACCAUUUCACAUACGUUCCAAUCUCACAAAACAACCGGUUCUACUACCUCGGGAAUGGUAUGACAGUGGGCGAAGUAACGGGACGCGGAGAUAUGGGGAUAACUCAGACUUUUAGCUUUGAGGAUUAUUGGAACCUCUUCAACAGCCCUGUGCUGUUCCAAUAG